AUGGCAUUUUAUGACGAACAGUUCAACGACAUAUCGUAUGUUGAAUUGAACAAGAGACGACGAGGCGACGCAGCUCGACAUGAGGGAGACAAAUUAGUAAAUCGGAUGAAUCGACCCAAGGUCAAGAAGAUUUACGUUAAGAAGAACGGAGAGGAUAUUUAUGAAAAACCAAAAUUAUUUGUUUGGAGGCAAUGGCAGUCACCAAGAUUGGAACAAUUGCUAGAAGAUGUUGGACCGUAUGUUGGAAUGGAUGAUGGUGCAUCUGCUAUUUAUACGUUAGAGGGAGAAGAAAUCACGGAUCCAGAUGAAAUCGUAGACUUGGGAACAUACUAUGUCUCUGGAGAUGAAUCACUUAUGCUUCCAGACGCCAAUGAUCGUCGUCGCUCAAGUGAUCCUGAUGUGAAUGCAUCUAGAGGAGACAAUAAUCAUUCCAGAUAUACAUCACUUUCAGCUCCAGAAUAUUAUACAUCUAACUCUGUUAGAUCAACUUAUCCGGCUAAUUUGACUGUUCCACCAACACCUCCACCUCGACCGUAUACUUCUGUACAGAAUACCUCGAGGACAAAGAAAGUGACAACAAAAGCGAGAGAAGUCGAUAUGUCACAAUAUGAUUCAUAUUAUGAUGAUGCUCUGCAAGACGUUAGAAAUAGAAGAGCUGCAUAUGAGCCAAAAAACUUUGACACGACGAUGGAUUUCUUUGAAGGGAAUCCACAUUCCAGUGAAUUCGAUAAUGAAGAAACGAUACGAAAAGAUAAGCAAGCACUGGAAAAACAUCGACAAAAAAUGGGUGGACAAUCGAGAAGAUUGAGUACAAUGAUAUUCAAUCGAAAAGAUCAAACGCAUCCCGAUGUGUAUCUAAUUUAUGUGUUCCUGAAUGGACAAGGAAUGGAGUGCCAAUUUAUGAAUUUUCAAAGAAAACAACUUGAAAAGGGAAUGAAUUAUGUUUUGGAAUUAAUAGCUCGACGAUACAAUGUUAAUCCAGGAAAAUUGGUUGAUAUGGAUGGAAGGAAAAUAUCUGAAGUUACACAACUUAUGUCAAGAGGUGCAUAUGUUCUUAUUCCAGUUGGACAGUCUUUCAGAGAUACUUGGUACUUUCUUCCCGAUAAUGCCAUAGAUACCAGUUCGAACAAAGCUUUAAUAGAAGAACGAAGCGCUCAACGGGAUCGUCUACUUCAACGUCGUUCAAAACAAGAGCAAAAACUAAAAAAGACGAAAUCAAGUAAUCGGAGCAAAUCAGUCGGAGCGGCGUCGUCUAACCCAAAAAUAACUUUCAAUGGACGAAACAAUCGUCGAUGAUAAGGCAGGCUACUGAUGAGAUGGAAUCUGUUUAGAAAAAGAGAGAAAACUCUUUAUUUAUUUACUAUUCAGCAAUACAUUGAAUAAUAUUUGUAACAAGAAAGAUGAAAACAAUAAACGAUUGGUGAUAA